AAGUGCGAGUUUGUCGGCUGUGCCAAGAGUUUUGUGACCAGAAAUACGCUCUUUCAGCACAAACAGGAACACAUCAAACCCUAUGUCUGUGUUUGGCCCGCAUGUGGCCAGAGGUUCGGCAAUAACCGGUCACUCAAGACCCACAUCAACGAACAUCAGGGCAUUCGGCCCUUUAAGUGCGAGUUUAGCGCAUGUUUUCAGUGUUUUUAUAGUAAACCACAACUCAAUCAACACGUGAAGAGCGCACAUAAAUACACGUUAAAUAACACGUGA